CUCAAACCCUCCCUCCUAAAUUUCUCCAUCACCUCUUCUCUCCAGAGCUCCACAAAACCGGGUGCCGUCAGCAAGGCAAUGUCGUCUGGCGACGCCCAGGGCAAGGGCCUUCUCUGUGGGGGCUCCCACCCUUUGGAACGAACUUCCCCCCGGACUCCGCCAGCUUCCGGACCUUCGGACCUUCCGCCGCGGGCUUAAAACAUAUUUAUUUAAUUGUGCAGGACUGAGCUAGGUUUUAAAUUCAUGGGUUUUAAUUGGGUUCUAUUUGUAUAUUUUAAUUAACGGGCUUUCAAAUAAGUUUCUUAAUUGUUUUUAUUCUGUAUUUAUAUUUAUAUGUUUUUAAAUGCCUGUGAACCGCCCUGAGUCCUUCGGGAGAUAGGGCGGUAUAUAAAUACGAUUAAUAAAUAAAUAAAUAAAUAGGGUAGGGGUGGGGGGGUGGCGGUUGUGAUUAGAGAGAGCCUGGAGCCGAGGGAGACCACUGUACCUCAGAUUGCCGGGUGCGAAUCCCUCUUUGUGAGAUGGGGUCAUAGGUGUCAGAUGGGCUUGCUGAUCACAUACCUGGCUCCUUGCUGCGUGACAGCUGCCCUGCCCGAGCUCCUGGAGGUGCUUGCUGGGGUGGCAGUUGAGACCCCCAGACUUUUAGUCAUGGGGGACUUUAACUUGCCAUCCUCCGGCUCAUCAUCGACAGCAGCUCGGGAGUUCACGGCUUCCAUGACGGCCUUGGACCUGACCCAAGUAGUUGAUGGCCGUACUCACAUUGGGGGUGGCACUCUGGACUUGAUCUUUGUCUCUGGUCAGUGGUUGAGAGAUCUGGACUUGAAGGAAAUAGUCAUUGAACCUUUGUCAUGGUCAGAUCACUCUCUCCUUCGUCUGGACUUUCUGACCGCCAUUCAACACCGCAGGGAGACGGAGCCGAUACGUUGGUUCCGUCCCAGGCACCUGAUGGACCCGGAGAGGUUCCGGACGGAGUUUGGGCCACUUCCUGAGGGUCUGGCUCACGGCACGGUUGAGGAACUUGUUGCGGCCUGGGAAUGGGCCGCGGCGGGGGCCUUAGACCGUGUCGUGCCUUUGCGGCCUCUGACCCGGCGCAGGUCCCAACCGGCUCCUUGGUUCUCCGAGGAGCUGAGGGGGAUGAAGCGCCGGAGAAGACGCCUAGAGAGUUCCUGGAGGUCUAGCCGUGCGGAGGCUGAUCGGACACUAGUGAAGUCCUAUAAUAGGGCUUACCUAGUGGCAUUGAGGGAAGCGAGGCGUAGCUACGCCUCCUCCCUCAUUGCAUCGGCAGAUAACCGCCCAGCCACCCUGUUUCGGGUGACUUGUUCCCUCCUUCACCAGGGGGAGCGGGAUGACCCAUUGCAGGGACGUGCUGAGGAGUUUAACGGUUAUCUAUACGAUAAAAUCGUUCAGCUUCGGGAUGGUCUGGACCAAAAUUGCGGUGACUCAGGUGAGACGGCUGAGGGUGGUCUUGGUGACAUUUUAUGGGAUGAGUUUGACCCUGUGGCUCCCGAGGACAUGGACAGGUUAUUAGGUAGGUUGAAUGCCACCACGUGUUUACUGGACCCGUGCCCCUCCUGGUUGGUGCUGGCCACUCAGGAGGUGACACGAGGCUGGCUCCAGCUUUCUUGA